GUUAUAUUAUCUUUUAAAUCAAUCUUUGAAAAUACUAUACAAGGUAACAAGUUUUAGUAAACUAAAGAUGUAAAAGGCAUUUAUGGUGACCGGUUUGAUCUACCGUUCUCUCUAAAGUAUAACUGUAUGAAUUAAUGAUCUAGCUUCUUGUGGCUUGGAAUAUCAAGAUCUUCACAACAUUUAUACAAGAGCUGGUGAAAGAUGUAUUUCUCAAGUUGUCUUUUUCUCGUGUUGUGGGUGCAAAAUAGUUGGAAAGCAAGCUCGAACCCUCUUGUCAAAUCGCCUUUCUUUAUUAAGUCUAAGGAUGAUAAAACCCAACCUAGUCUCCUCAAACCGUGGCGUGAAGCUACAAAGAAUAUUCCCAGAAUGUAUAUGAGUGCACAAAGGUUUCCACGUGGUCGUGAUUUUAAUUUGGCACAUAGAAAAGGAAAACUAGGUACCAAUAAAUUAAAACAAGAGAAAACUAUCUCAUCAAGAAAUAUUAUAGGUUUUCCGAUUUCGCAAAAUAAACACAAUACCAGAACAAAAGCGGCACUAUCUCCAUGGAGUCAAACAGACCUUAAUGGCGUACAGACAAGAGAUCUUAAAGAACAAAUAAUGCGAAAUGCUGAGGAAUACUGGUGGAAAUCUGGUUUCAUUGAAGGAUUGAACAGGAAACUUGGUGAAACUGUGAGAAAAGCACCCUUUUCGCAAGCCAAGUCACCUAAAGCGAUUCAAGUGGCAAAUUAUCAACACCUUGAUUUAAAUGGAGAUGAUAAAGGGCGAGUGCGUGGCGGGAAAAUGUCGUCAACAGUCACGAGAGGCCCUGCGGUGAACCAAGGCAAUAAUAGUGUGUCGUUAAAUCAAACAAUGUAUGAAGGAAAACCACGGGGUAUCCAAGAAGCACAGAUUAGAAGGUCAGAAAGCAAAACUGAUAGUAACAUCAAAGAAACGCAGAUGAAUGUGUAUGCAGGUAGUCGAGUAGAUAUGAAUCGAGAACGUGCAGAAAAAGUGGAAAGAGGAAGGAAGCAGUAUACAAGAGUAACUCAGGACAAUAACAUAAGACACCCGGGGACUUUUGAGAAUAAAGAAGUAGAACAGGAAAGAACGUUACACAAGCAGAAUAUGGGGCAAGCAAAAGUGACGAAUAGUCCAAUUUGGGCAGGCGGAAAUGGGAUAGGAACAUUACGGGGGGGAGUAGGACAAACAGGAAAAAUACAGGAAUCGAGCAUUUGGCACCCAGUAACAUCGGAGGUUGCAAUAUCAGGAGGGACAAACAGUGAACCGUUGAGGUCGUUUAAAGGUUCUAUCCUAGAACAAACGAAGACAAGGAAUAGUCAGCCGGGUCCGGUAGAUAUAACACAUGGUAUAAACACAGGACAACCCAUGGAUUCAAUUCCAGGGAAAACAAGGACAAUGGAUGGUGUGACUGGUACAUCAGAAGAACAAACGGGUGAAACGGUCGGACAAUCCGGACAAUCAGGGACUACAAAAGGACAAGGGGGGUCUUUGGAGACAUUUCAAAACGAAGCCGCGCAGGAAGAAAAUACUGAGAUUUCAAAUUCAUCACCCGAUUGCUUUGAACCGGUAGAUCUUGCCUUCCUCGUGGACGGUUCGGGAAGUAUCGAUCCCAUUCGACAGUUUCCAAAAGUUCGAACGUUUCUAAAGGAACUUGCAUCUGGAUUUCAAAUUGGCCCCGCAAAAACAAAAGUUGGCAUGGUUCAAUUCUCCGGGAGAAUGUCGCAGAAGGUUGAAUUUGGUCUAGAUCAAAAUAGUGAUCUUGAAGGAGUUCUUAAAGGAAUUGACAGCAUGGAGCAGUUAAGGGGUAACACAUAUGUCGGUGAAGGCUUCAAAGUUGUCUCGAGAGAAAUAUUUUCACCCGAGAAAGGUGACAGACCGGAAGUACGUAAUGUAUUAAUGCUCUUUACCGAUGGAGCGGCCAGUGACUUCGAAGUUGCCAAAGAAGAAGCAAAAAACUGA